AUGUCCAAUGGAUAUUGGGUUUCAUUCUCCCUUCGCCAUGGGUUAAUGGAGCUUUGUGAUGGUAUUCCAACCUUCAUCAAAUAUUGGAAGGAAGAGUUCUUCUUCGUUCAUACCUCUGCUUUCUCCGGCCCUAUGGCGUACGGUGCUAGCACCGACAGGGUUUUCGACCCUGUCCCUGAACUCUCACCUGACGGACCGUUGGUGACGGAGAAGUUAUCGGACAAUUUUGGCUCUAAAUCCAUUUCCCCUAACCUUCAAUCCAAAGGUGUGAAAUUGGAUUUUGAUUAUGGCAAACCUCCCACGGUGUCUACGAGGGCUUCUUCGAAAGGGUUUAUAUUGAAGAGGCGCUAUGAAAUUGUUCAAGAUGAUCAACUCAUCAUAAUGUCUCCUCCCAAACAAAAAUGUUUUGGUCGUGAAUCGAGAAGCCGAAGCCUGAAUGAUCUAGCUGAUCCUCUGGUUCCAGAUGUUAUGAACUCUAAGUGUACCUUGGAAGAUCCUUCUACUAGUGUCUUCCGUGAAUGUCCAAUCGAACCGGACAGUGAAAUGUAG